CUAGAUGCAUCAUCCAUGGAAGUUUGGUCUGGGUAGGGCUUAUAGUUCCUUGGGAAUAGGCCUGCUCCAAAAACUUUAACCUGGUCACUCAUCUGGAAAAUGUAGGUCAGAUCCAGCAAGUCUGGUAGUGUACAUCCGUAGAUGCAUCAUCCAUGCAAGUUUGGUUCAGGUAGGGCUUAUAGUUAUUUGGGAAUGGACUUGCUCCUUAAACUUUAACCUGGAACGCUGACACCAACGGCAACGCCAGAGGUAUAGCAUAAGCUCAACUUGACUUCGUCGAGAGUGACAAGUUUAAUCAUGAACCCCCGUACCAGUGCCCAGGACGUGAUGCGAUGUGACCUGUGUGAGACCGCUGUGGUACAGAUGCACUGUGAUACAUGUCUUGUCAACCUGUGUACAGCUUGCGUAGGGAAACACAUGAUUUCUGAUGAAUCCAAAGACCAUAAAGUCGUCAAAUUUCAGGCCAGAAAAUCCACUCCCCUUUACCCAAGAUGUAAAUCUCAUUCCAAAGACCAUAGUACAAUGUACUGUAAUCAAUGUGACAUUCCUAUUUGUCCUAAAUGCAUUGCAUCGGAAUCCGGUAAACAUCAAGGUCAUAAAGUAUCAGAAAUCUUAGAAGUUGUGAAUGAAAGAAUGAAUAAAUUUGUCAAAGAACGAAAUGAACUAAAUGAUACAAUUUACCCCACCUACCAGGACAUUGCCUCUGAUGUACAAAACAGAAUGAGUCAGUUAGAAAAGGAAUAUGGAGAUCUCUCAACAACCAUAACAAAACAUGGAGAGGACUGGCACAGAGAAAUUGACAAACUUGUCAAGAAACUUAAAGCUGAAGUUGAUGAAAUGAAAAACACACAGUUACAAACUCUACAGAAACAUCUGGAUGAAAUAAACAAGACAAUGUCUGACAUCAAGGAUGAAACUGAUUCAGUCAAAAUGUCUACUGAUACAAAUGACUUGUCAAAACUACUUGGUGUCACAUCCAAUGCAGAUAGAUACAAAAAUCUUCCACACAAAUUAGCACCAUCUCUACCUAAAUUCAUUCCAGGAAAAAUCCAAGGAGAAGAACUUUGUAAAUCAUUUGGAAUCUUGUCAUCAAGUUCUUUGACUUCAGAUAAACAUGGCUACAGCAUGAAGACAACACAGAAAUCACCAGAAGCUGGAUCCUCUCCUCCAGUCAAACAGCUGCUUGAUCAACCAGAGACUGUCACCACCAUAGACACUGGGUAUCACUAUGGACUUUACAAUGUGGCCUGUCUGAGUGAUGAAGAAAUCUGGACAAGUGGAAAUGACAGCACCAUGAAACUCUACAGCAUCAAUCAGGGAUCACUACUCAAGUCAACCACCGCCAAGUCAGGGAACAAUCCAUAUGACAUAGCAGUGACAAAAAGUGGAGAUCUAGUUUAUACUGAUGACAGUGAUAGAACUGUGAACAUUGUGAAGAAUGAGAAGAUAGAAGAGGUGAUCAGACUACAGAACUGGAAACCUCUUGGUGUCUGUAGUACCUCCUCUGGUGACCUCCUGGUUAUCAUGGACAGUUAUAUCAACAAACAAACAAAAGUUGUCCGUUACUCUGGCUCCACAGAGAAACAAACCAUUCAGAUUGAUAAUAAAGGGAAACCUCUCUAUUCAUCUGGUCGUUAUAACACAUUCUACAUAACUGAGAACAGGGACCUGGAAAUCUGUGUGUCUGACUGGGGAGCUAAUGCAGUAGUUGUGGUCAAUCAGGCCGGGAUACUGAGAUUCAGGUACACUGGACAUACUCCUGCUCCAAAAAAUGAACCAUUAAGUCCACAAGGAAUCACCACAGACAGUCAGAGUAACAUCCUUACAGCUGAUUAUAACAAUGACUGUGUCCACAUCAUAGACCAGGAUGGACAGUUCCUCCGUUACAUAGACUGUGGACUGAGUGAACCCCAGGGACUGUGUAUAGAUACAAAUGACAAUCUGUUUGUUGCUCAGUGUAGAAACACACAAGUGAAGAAAAUCAAAUAUCUGCAGUAAAAAUCAUCCCAGUAUAGAUUAAGAACAAUGAAAGCAAAUACUUCCUAGAUGAAAUUUACCAUUAUUAUAUUAGUUUAAUUUGUGCAAAGAACAUGAUACAACUG